UACAAAACUUUUCUGAGUAGCAGUAGGUAAACCCUUGCAUUUUGUGUAGCUCUGUAUGAAAGUUUUGUGUACUGCUUUCCAGUAACAUUGCUAUUCAGAUAAACUGAACUUCAGUUUUUGGUGUGAUUGUAUAAAGAACAGCUUUGCUUCUUCAAGCAGCUUUCUAUUAAGCUCAUCUGUACUGAAGUUGCUUAGCAAUCCCACCUUUCCUAUGGUUGCUGUGACAGUGCAGGUGCCUGGGAACACGUGUGCUGCUGAGGAGCUCAGCAAAUGCUCUGAUCUGCGGCACCCGAGGUCCUGAACUCAAAGAUAAGGUCAAGGCUUUUCUGCGUGAUCCACUGUCAGUGCUGGGGUUUCCGUGCUGAUGGACCUUGGGAGUGCUUGGUGAAGGUGGCUCCUCGCCCAUGCGUUGCUAACUCUGCUACCAGGCAGGUAAAGCUUGGCAGUUCUGUGGUGAAGAUAUAAAUGGCCUGGCAAAAACAAAGUUGAGGGGAGUUGUGGAACCCUGUUUGGCAGCAAGCGUGCAUUAGCUUUUCUGCUGUGAAGUUGUGGUGGCAGUGAGGUGCAGGCAGAUAUUAUGUUGUAGAACUUGGUGAGAUGAUCAUUAUAUCUUUUACUUUCAUCUUGGCUAGCUAUAUUGUAUGUAAACAUUUUGUGAAUAUACAGUUUCAUGUAAAACUAUGCACGUCUACAUGCAAUUAACUCAGAAUUGGCAGUGCUAAUUGGUAAAAUUCUAAUGUGCGUAAUUCUCUCGUCAACUUAGUCUUCGUUUGUUUCCUUAUGAUGUUAUCGGGCUGCUUAGUAAAAAAGAUUCUCUUAAUUCCAGUAAUGUGAAAGUACUGGGAAAAACAGUGACCCUGGUUUAUAAAACAGUGUAGGAAUUGGAAUGUUUCUGCAGUGUUUGCAUAGCUGCACAUUCAGCUGGAAAUCUGAGCAGGAAAUCUUAAAAAAUAAGGUUUGGUCCGCCCUGAUGUUGGGGAAGAAAAAUCUUGAAACUGUGAAUCAGAAAAAGUAUCGCCUGCUGGCAACUGUGUGACUGAAUAUUGCAAUCAAACUCUGCAGUUAGAAAAUUGUCUGGUGGCUUUGUGUGGUGAUGAGUGUUUGAUCCUUACAACUUGAUGUGGAAUAACCACUUCCCAGGGUUGGGGAAUGACUUGAAGAGGAGGGAGCUUCGGAGACAACAAACUAAUGUAGUUCUGAAACAGUAUGUUUAGCCUGAGGUUUGCCUCCAAUGGGUUUCGUUUUUGCACUGAAUGUAGCCAGGACGGAUCCUUGUGGGCUUUGGCAGCCCUUGGAAACUGUCAAAGGCAGUAUUUUGCAUUUCUGCAGAGCUUUGCACAGAUCCUGUUCCCAUGCAAACUGAUGAGGGAGAAAUACUGGAGGAAGGCAGCCCCAAGAGAGAAGGAGCAAGAAAGGGAAGAACAGUUAAUGGAAGACAAGAAAAGGAAGAAGGAGGAUAAGAAAAAGAAGGAAUCUGCUCAGAAGGUCACAGAUCAAAAAACCAAAGUGCCCGAAGUGACGAAACCAAGUUUAAGCCAACCAGUGGCUGCCAGCCCAAUUGGCAACUCUCCAUCGCCACCAGUCAAUGGUGGCAACAAUGCCAAAAGGGUGGCAGUGCCGAACGGACAACCGCCAAGCGCCGCCCGCUACAUGCCUCGGGAGGUGCCGCCGCGAUUCCGUUGCCAGCAGGACCACAAAGUGUUACUGAAACGUGGGCAGCCCCCUCCACCAUCCUGUAUGCUCCUUGGGGGUGGAGCAGGGCCUCCUCCCCCGACAGCACCAGGAGCAAACCCCAACAACGCACAACCAGUGACAGGAGCACUGCUGCAGAGCGACAGUGGGACUGCAACAGAUUCAACAAUUGGAGGUGCUGCUGCUUCAAAUUAUGCAAAUUCCACUUGGGGUCCUGGAGCCUCCUCCAACAGCGGCACCAACGCCAACCCAACUCACAUCUGGGACAAGGUGAUUGUAGACGGGUCUGACAUGGAAGAGUGGCCUUGUAUCGCCAGCAAAGAUGCUGAGUCUUCUUCCGAAAACACCACCGAUAACAACAGUGCCUCGAACCCUGGCUUGGAGAAGAACACUCUGCCAGGAAGCACCACUAGUAACAAAGGAAAAGGAAGCCAGUGCCAGUCUGGAAGCGCUGGAAAUGAAUGUAAUCUUGGGGCCUGGAAAUCUGAUCCCAAGGCUAAAUCUGUUCAAUCUUCCAACCCUGCUGCCGAGAGUAACAAUGGACUAAGUAAUUGGAGGAACUUGACUGGACAAGAUAGAAUUGGUUCUGGUUCUGGCUUCAGCAACUUUAACCCAAAUAGCAACCCGUCUGCUUGGCCAGCACUGGUCCAAGAGGGCAAUUCUAGGAAAGGGACUUCGGAAUCUGAUAGUGGUAGCUCCAAUGCACAGAUUAGCACAGUAGGUCAGACCUCUAGGGAACAGCAGUCAAAGAUGGAAAAUGCGGGUGUUAACUUUGUCUCUGGCAGAGAACAGGCUCAAAUUCAUAACACUGAUGGACCAAAAAACGGAAACACUAACUCCUUGAACUUAAGUUCACCAAACCCUAUGGAGAAUAAGGGAAUGCCCUUUGAAAUGGGCUUGGGGAACCCUUCCAGGAGCACUGACACCCCUUCACAAAGCACUGGAGAAAGAAAGACUGGGAGUGUUGGGUCUUGGGGUACAGCUAGGGGGUCUUCUGGAACUGACACGGUCUCUGGACAGAGCAAUUCUGGAAACCAUGGGAACAAUGGAAAGGAUAGGGAGGACUCCUGGAAAGGAGCUUCUGUUCAAAAAUCUAAUGGGUCAAGAAGCGAUUCUUGGGAUAACAAUAACCGGUCUACGGGUGGUGGGUCUUGGAACUUUGGCCCUCAGCAUGCAAAUGAAAGCAAAUGGGGUGAAGGGAACAAAUUAACAUCUGGGGUCUCUCAGGGAGAAUGGAAACAGCUGUCUGGGUCUGAUGAACUGAAGAUUGGAGAAUGGAGUGGUCCAAACCAACCAAAUUCUAGCACUGGAGCAUGGGACAAUCAAAAAGGCCACCCUCUUCCUGAAAACCAAGGCAAUUCCCAGGCUCCCUGUUGGGGAAGAUCUUCCAGCUCUGCAGGAAGUGAGGUUGGAGGUCAAAGCACUGGAAGCAACCACAAAGCAGGAAGUAGUGACAGUCACAAUUCUGGACGCCGAUCAUAUAGGCCUACACAUCCUGAUUGCCAGGCAGUCUUGCAGACUUUGCUGAGCAGGACUGAUUUGGACCCCCGAGUGCUUUCAAACACUGGCUGGGGCCAAACACAAAUUAAGCAAGAUACCGUAUGGGAUAUUGAAGAGAUGCCACGGCCUGAGGGGAAGUCUGACAAAGGAACUGAGGGGUGGGAGAGCUCUGCCACACAGACAAAGAACUCAGGGGGCUGGGGCGAUGUACCCAGCCAAAGCAAUCAAAUCAAGUCUGGAUGGGGUGAGCUCUCAACCCCAACAGAGUGGAAGGACCCCAAAAAUACUGGAGGAUGGAAUGACUAUAAGAACCCCAAUUCAUCUAAUUGGGGAGGGGGAAGACAAGAAGAGAAAUCAUCAUCUUCUUGGAAUGACAGCUCUAGUAAGGAUCAGGGGUGGGGUGGACGGCAGCCUAAUCAAGGAUGGUCUUCUGGAAAGAACGGUUGGGGAGAGGAAGUUGACCAAGCAAAAAACAGCAACUGGGAAAGUGCAGGAAAUAAGCCAGCAUCUGGUUGGGGUGAAGGUGGGCAAAAUGAGAUUGGAACUUGGGGUAAUGGUGCAAAUACAGGCUCUGCUUCAAAGGGUGGUUGGGACGAUUGUAAAAGAAAUUCAACGUGGAACGAGACGGGUCGACAGCCCAACUCCUGGAACAAGCAGCAGCAGCAACAACAGCAGCAGCAGCAGGAGACUUCUGGUUCCUGGGGUCCACCGCCACAAACUCCAAGUAAUGGGCGACCUCCGAACCCAAACUGGAACAGCGGACCACAACCAGCUGCCCCCAAAGACGAGGAGCCUAGUGGCUGGGAAGAACCUUCUCCACAGUCAAUCAGUCGGAAAAUGGAUAUUGAUGAUGGCACUUCAGCGUGGGGAGAUCCUAGCAGUUACAACUACAAGAAUGUGAACCUGUGGGACAAGAACUCACAAGGAGGACAGGCCCCACGGGAACAGAGCCUGCCUACUCCAAUGACUAGCAAAUCACAAGCAUCAGUCUGGAGCAAAAGCACUCCGCCUGCUCCAGAUAAUGGUACGUCCGCCUGGGGUGAGCCAAAUGAAACCAGUCCCGGGUGGGGUGAAGUAGAUGAUACAGGAGCAUCGACAACAGGCUGGGGGAAUGCACCUUCCAACGCCCCGAAUGCCAUGAAAUCUAGUUCUAAAUCUAUGCAAGAUGGCUGGGGAGAGAGUGAUGGGCCAGUAACAGGCACGCGUCAUUCCAGCUGGGAAGAGGAGGAGGAGGGAGGAGUCUGGAACACAGCAGGCUCUCAGGGAAGCAGUUCCUCCCACAACUCAACAAGCUGGGGGCAAGGAGGAAAGAAAACACAGAUAAAGUGCUCAUUAAAAGGAGGAAAUAGUGAUUCAUGGAUGAACCCCAUAUCCAAACAGUUUUCAAAUAUGGGCUUGCUAAGUCAAACUGAGGACAUUCCAGGCAAUAAGAUGGACUUGUCUGUAGGUGGUCUCCCAGAUAAGAAGUUUGAGGUAGAUAAACGAGCCAUGAAUCUCGGGGAUUUUAAUGACAUAAUGAGAAAGGAUCGAUCUGGGUUCCGUCCACCUAAUUCCAAAGACAUGGGAACCACAGAUAGUGGGCCUUAUUUUGAGAAGCUGACUUUGCCUUUCUCCAAUCAAGAUGGGUGCCUUGGGGAUGAGGCUCCCUGCUCUCCCUUCUCCCCUUCUCCCAGCUACAAGCUGUCUCCCUCUGGUUCCACACUAUCCAACGUCGGCCUUGGAGCAAUCGGCUCAGGGCUCAGUCCCCAAAACUACGCUGCUAGACAAGGUGGCAAUCAUGGUUUGUUUGGAAACAGCACAGCACAAUCGAGGGGCAUGCACACACCAGUGCAGCCACUAAAUCCUUCCCCCAAUAUCCGGGCGCAAGUGCCUCCCCAAUUUCUUUCUCCCCAGGUUUCGGCCUCCAUGCUCAAACAGUUCCCCAACAGUGGCUUGAAUCCAGGUCUUUUCAAUGUGGGGCCCCAGCUUUCUCCGCAACAGAUUGCCAUGCUGAGCCAGCUUCCACAGAUUCCCCAGUUUCAAUUGGCGUGUCAGCUCCUCCUUCAGCAGCAGCAGCAGCAGCAGCUGUUACAGAGCCAGAGGAAGUUAUCUCAAGCUGUGCGACAGCAGCAGGAGCAACAGAUUGCUCGUAUGGUGAGUGCCCUCCAGCAGCAGCAGCAGAGGCAGCCUGGCAUGAAGCAUUCACCAUCCCACCCUGUUGGGCCUAAGCCACAUAUAGACAGCAUGGUACCCAAUCCUUUGAAUGUAGGUCUUUCAGAUUUACAGAGCAAAGGACAAAUACCUGGAUACGGUUCAGGCUUUGGCUCAAGCAGCAUGGAUUAUGGCAUGGUGGGAGGGAAAGAAGCUGGAACAGAAUCCCGCUUUAAACAGUGGACUAUGAUGGAAGGGCUGCCCUCUGUGGCUUCACAAGAUGCCAAUAUGCACAAAAAUGGUGCAAUAGUGCCCCCUGGAAAGGCUCGCGGAGGAUCGCCCUACAACCAGUUUGACAUAAUUCAGGGCGACCCGCUGGGUGGCCAUGCAGGCCCUGCUGGUGAUAGUUGGUUACCUGCCAAAUCUCCGCCGACGAGCAAGAUCGGAAGCAAAUCCAGCAACGCCAGCUGGCCUCCAGAGUUCCAACCAGGAGUGCCAUGGAAAGGUAUACAAAACAUUGACCCUGAAUCUGACCCCUACGUGACCCCUGGAAGUGUGCUGGGGGGGACAGCCACAUCUCCCAUUGUAGAUACUGACCACCAACUUCUGCGGGACAACACCACAGGGUCUAAUUCUUCCCUCAACACCUCGCUGCCUUCACCUGGUGCCUGGCCCUACAGUGCCUCUGACAAUUCCUUCACCAACGUUCAUAGCACUUCAGCAAAAUUCAGUGAUUACAAAUCAACAUGGUCCCCAGAUCCCAUAGGACACAAUCCCACUCAUCUCUCCAACAAGAUGUGGAAAAACCAUAUUUCCUCAAGGAACACUACAGGGCUGCCUCGCCCGCCUCCUGGCCUGACCAACCCCAAACCAUCAUCUCCAUGGAACAGCACAGCACCCCGAUCGGUCAGGGGCUGGGGGGCACAGGACUCAAGGCUUGCCUCUGCAUCUACUUGGAGUGAUGGUGGUAGCUCAGUUCGUCCUAGUUACUGGCUGGUUCUUCACAAUCUCACUCCACAGAUCGAUGGCUCAACCUUGAGGACGAUCUGCAUGCAGCAUGGCCCACUGCUGACAUUCCAUCUGAACCUGACCCAGGGCACCGCUCUCAUCCGAUACAACACCAAACAGGAGGCGGCCAAGGCCCAGACUGCACUGCACAUGUGUGUGUUGGGAAACACUACCAUCCUGGCUGAGUUUGCCACAGAUGAGGAGGUUAGUCGCUUUUUGACACAGGCUCAGCCCCCUACACCUGCAGCAACCCCAAGUGCACCCGCGGCAGGCUGGCAAUCCCUGGAGACGGGACAGAACCAGACAGAUCCAGUUGGACCUGCUUUGAAUCUCUUUGGUGGGUCAACAGGGCUUGGGCAGUGGAGCAGUGGUGGCGGCGGCAGCAGUGGGGGUGAUCUCACUGGCGCUUCGCUGUGGGGGCCCCCAAACUAUUCUUCAAGCUUGUGGGGGGUCCCGAGCGUAGAGGAUCCACACAGAAUGGGCAGCCCUGCUCCCUUACUACCUGGAGACCUUCUGGGAGGAGGGUCGGAUUCAAUCUGAACUUAGAACUUUCAACUCUGACCUCGUGACCUUUUUUGGAACAGCAGCAGCACUAACUUGACCUUUUCGUUUUUUUUCAACUUGCAAUAAAUACAUUUAUAAAAGGAAAAAAGAAAACGGAGAGAGAAAAAAAGGUGGGUCAUUGACAGACUGUCUGAGCACAUAGUUGCCUCCCUUAUAUAACUUCAGUUUUUUCGUUUGGAAUAUGAAUCCAAAAAGAGAACAUAUCACUCUUGAAAUACUUGAAUCAUGAACGCCAACUUAGAAAGACAAUGUGAAGCAAGUACACAUACCAUUUAAAUUUAAACACAAAAAAUUAAAAAAAUUAGUUUCUAGUUUUUCACUUUUUCAUGUUAUACGGAAGUUGUUGCUAAGAAACAUAUAUACUGAAAAAAUAGCUUUUUAACUUUGUUUGCACUGGGUGUGUUUCCGUCCUUAGGUCUACCAUGUUGGGUUGGGGUAGGGGUGGGAUUCAAAAGAAAAAAGGGGUGGGGGGAGGGGAAGACUUGACGGAGCCUCACUUUAAAAACAAAAACAGACAAAAAAAAAUUAAAAAAAAAAAAAAGAAAAAAAACAACAACAACAAAAAAACCAUCACUUUGUGAUUGGCUGGUUGAUAAGUACCAGUGUGUUCUGGCACAUGUAACUGCCCACGUGUGCUUGUUUCUGUGUGAGUGCGUGUGCACAUAUUUGUGUGUGUGCAUUUUUUCUCUCUAUAUAUAAUCUUGAAACGCUGCAUUGCUGAUGGUCUAUGGGCUGGCUGGCCAUCUGCGUGUCUUGCUUCUGAAAACAAGACAGGCAUGGUGGAGUCCCUGUGGCUGAAGCAGAAUCCAGUUGGGCUGGAUUAAAAUUUGUCAGUUUUUUUUAAAUUCAUUUUAGCAGGGUGCUAUCUCAAGUUUGCAGAUCAUACUGAAUGGGUAGUUGCUUCCUAGCCCUUGUUCUAACCCUGUGGUAGAGCAGAACACUGCCAUAUCCAAAGGAUUUGGUGAGAGGGGAGCCAGUGUUGUCUUUUGAGUAGCAGUGUAUUUAUUUAUUUAUGUCUGCAUGUGGGGUUUUUGUAUGGAGUGAACCCUAGAAUGUUUGUUAUAUAAUGCAAGCCAUUUUUUUUUCUUCUGAAGAGAGGAAAAGGGGAGGAAAGAAGACAUUGCCAUUUUUGGGGUGACAAAGAAGAAUGUCCUUAUUCUCUUGCAAGCUUCGGAACCUUUAAAACUAACAAAAAGAUAAGUUUCUUUUCUCCCCCAAAAGCAUAAGUAAGCACCCGCAUUCAUUCUUGAAGAAUCCAUCAAAAGCUUGAAAGUCCAGCCCAACCAAAUUAGCCUUUCAAUUGAUUUACUGCUUGUUUUAAAACUGACAAAAGUGAAAUUGUGUCAGCAAACCGCUGGCCGGCCUGCCUCAUCCCCUGAAAGCACAUGCAGCUGACUCCCUUCCGCGUCCUUCACGGUGAGCGUUACCUGUGCCAGGCCUUGGUGUAUUACAGCACCAGACCAUCACUGACAGAAACGUUUACUUACGAAUGUUCUUAAACCAGUGUGUACUUCAAACGUUUCCUUUUGUUUCUCUGUGUUGUGUUUUUUCCUGUGUACGUGGUUUUGCUUAGGGAGGUAUAUAACUAGCAAAGACUUUUUUUUUUUUUUAAAGUAUUGCACCUUUUUGUUUUUUGUUUUUACUUUUUCUGUACUGUUGCUUUUUAAUUUUCUGUAUUUAAGGAAAGGUUUGGGGUUUUUUUAGCAUCAGUGUAAGUAGUACUCUGGGCAGGAUAGGGGUGACCUAUGUAAUCCACAGUGAUAGCCAGUGUGUGCGUGCAUGUGUGCGCUGGGAACAAACUUCCGAGACUGCUUGUUGUGAAGAGCCGUAGCAGCCUUGAAGGAGCAUCUCUUUACACAAAGCCAGAAGUCGUUCGGAGGAAGGCUGGGAAAAGAGGGAAGAGAGAUGCCGGUACUUUUCGUGUAAGUGCUAGCAUCCGUGUGGCGUUGUCUAGCCGUCGUGCUGUCUAACAAAGUGCCGACGUUCAGUACCAGCAACUACCUGUCCAUUCCAACCCUCAGCGGGAGCAGUUCUCGGUUUUUAUUACCUGUCGGGGGGAGGAUAGGAGAGUCUCCAGCGUUUUCAUUGAAGGAUCCAACAGUGUCUAAUACAUUAAAGCAGGGCAUAGGUGGGGAGAAGCAGAAGCAGACUCAAGUAGGGUAGGGGUGCGUGUGUGUGCGUCUGGGUGCGUGUGCCUGUGGGUUGGGAGGGGGGGGAAGGACCGGGGAGUUUUGUGGCUUUUCUCAAUUCGCCCUUUCUAUGUAAACCCAGUGUCACAAGGAUGACUGACUGAGGGAAAUGCUGCAUUUACACAUGCCUGUAGAUUUGUACACAAAGUGUUACGUGACAAUAAGUAUGAGUAGGUUUGUAUUUGCUUAGUAAACUGGAGUGUGCAGCAUACUCUGGCUCCGUUGGAAUGUACUUUUCUAUCACAUCUCCUUCAUCCCACCAUGCACAGUGAAAAUUUCCUCUUCCAGCUCCUGCUACCUAGUGCCCCUCGCGUGCACGCAUCCUUAGAGCUUUGUUUCUGACGGUCUCCGCUCGAAGCCCAGCUGCACUCCCACAGGCAGAGCAGGUUCCUAAAAGCCUUGUGCCAGCAGUUCUUCCUAGCGAAGCACCUUUGGCCCGAGUCAGCCAGUGCCCCUUCUCCCCGCGGUUUGCUCUCCACGCUGGUUCAUCGCUGUGUGCCGCCCUCACUUCUCUCUCCCAGCCUGCCCUACGGUCCCUUUUCCUGCACUUUGGGUUAGUUGAGUUCAUUGCGAUACUACGGUGAAAGCCGGGUGCUAGAGCCCCUCUUGUUUACAAGACGUAAUGAGGGAUUUGAAAUAUUUAAAAAGAAAAGCUAAAUUGUUCUUCCAUUGUAAGCUUAAAGGGAAAAAAAAAAAAUUAAAACAUACAAAAAAAAAAAAAAAAAAGACCAAAAAGUGCAUAUAUAUAUUUUAGAUGAAGACUAACUCUGGGAGCAUUUAACAGUGUUUUUGUUUUAAUUUUAACAUUUUAUUUUCCUGCUUUAAAUUUGCAAGCAUUCUCAGGAAUUCUAGGGUAGGAAGCCAGUUUUUUGAAGAUGGUUUAUUUAACCUUAUCCUAGAUAGAUGGCUGUUUCUUGUUGAUAAACUUUUACAAGUUCCUGAAUCUUCAAAAUGUUUGAAAGUUUUUACUUUAAAAUAAAAAAAAGCUAAAAAAAUUAAUAAAAAGAAAAAGAAAAAAAAAUGAAAAAAAUCUCCAAAUGUUACUGUCAGGUGGGGGGGGGUCAAGAAUUGUAAAGACUGAGUAAAUUAAAACACAUGAAGAGAACUUCUCAGUAUCAGCAGCAGAAAUCCAUUACGAUCUGAAGUUGUGGGAGAAGAAGGGUUGUAGUGCUUUGGUACUCGUGUGCAUUUGCAUGGAAAAAAGAAGUGUAAGAAUGGAAAUCUAUUACUAUGUUCCCUUUCGAUUUGAAACGAAAAUAUUCUUCAAGCACCUUUUUAAAAGCAAAGUGAAACUGUAAAUCUAACAAAAAUGCAGUAUAGUUUCAACUGAAAGAGUCCUCAGUGAGGAGGAGCAGCAGGAAAUACACGAUGUUGCUUCUUCAAGCCACUUCUAAGUAGUGCUAAAUACCAGUGCUGACAGAACGCCGAAGAAAGCAGUAGUUCUAGCCUGCCUUUCUCAGUACAGAAAAAAGGGAGGCAAUAUGAAAAAAAGCUGCAGUGAAAUGUACAUUAGAAAUCAACUUUCCCAUUUUCAGCUAUUUUGGUCAGUUUUGUCCCCCAGUUGGAGAUUUGCUGCUUGCUUUUCUUAACCCUCAGCCCACCUUCAGUCUUUCUGUGUUGUUUCACAUGCGGGGAAUAGCUGGUAAACUCUUCUGUUCACCCUAUUGCUGCUGGCUGUCGGGGCGGACAGUCUUGAGCUUCAGAGCUUGGUGCUGGGGUGCCUGACUUCUGCCCCCCAGCUCUGAGGGUCAGGGGUUUGCUCCUGAAAUGGCGAGACUCACACCACAGAAACCGCGCUAGUGCCUUUCUACAUGCACCCUACAGUAGGGGAAGGGAGGGGAGAUGAGGCAGUAUGGUGGCUUAAUGGAAAUAAAUGUACCUGUUCUUAGAGCAAAAAGAGCAUGCAGUGAGUCAUUGCAUGCAGUCAUGCAAUGAGUUACAUAGCAGUAGUUGUUAAGAUAGCUUUUUACUAUUUAAAAAAGUCAGAUGCCAAAUUAAUGUCCUUUUCAUAUCAGUUGCCCGGUGUUUUUGUGUUGUGCUCUGUGUACAUACGAGUGUAUAUGUGUGUGUUGACUCUAAUGCAUCAGCUAAUUUGGGAAAAAAAUUGUAUAAUGGGCCAGUAGAGGAACGUUCAUUUAGGACGUUAAAGAUUUUUUUAUUAUUAUUAUUUUUAAGGAGAAAAAUUGGAGGGUUUUUUGGCCAGAGGCUGUUCAAAUUGGCAGAGUCCUGAAGAAAAAAAAAAAGGAAAUCUUGGGCUUUGUCAGAUAGAGCCUGGGAGUGUGGCAGUCAUUUGGAAGUUGAAUCGUGAGUGCUGAGGGAUGCAGUCUGGAGCUUCUGCCAUCAGCUGAGUCCAAGCCUCCUGUCUUACAGCAGUCUGCUCCUCCAUUCCUUAAAGGUACAGGCCUGCAAACGUUAGUGACUGUCUUCUCAGUGAGUUUUCCAAAGUUGUUCAAGUAAAGCCACGUUAGUCUUACUGCUUUCCAGCCGCAGGUGAUAGUUCCAUUCCUCUGAAUUACGCAUAGCUGACCGUGAUGCUGGCACGGCUCGGUCCUGGCAUUCCUAACCCCACUGCAAACUAUUUCUGAGCAUUGUGGUAACAACACUCAUCUCCUAGGGACGGCAGUUGCUCAAAUGUUGUAAAUACCCUGCUACCAUCUGGGCUUGUAACAGUAAAAAAGACAGCAGGAAUAGAAGUUAGAGUAUUUGGGGGCUUUUACAACCAUUCUAGGGAAGGAAUUGGUGACAGCAUCUUCUUUAAACUGUUGACAGAGAGAGUAAAGGGGCUGGGGAAAAGCAUCUUACUACGUCCUGCAUGAAAAAUCAGUUUUACUUUCAAGCGACAGAGAACACUUCUUCAUUCUGUUCCUGGUUUUGAUUAUUGGGAUCAUAAAGUUUAAAUAUGUAUGUACUUUGCAGGUGGUUUCACAUGUCCUGCCUUUUUGUUUUGAAUCCUUCAGUGCUACAUUUUAGCAGACUUCUAAACAAGUACCCAUUUAUUAAAUCCACUUGACUUACCUUAGCCAGCACUGUGCAUCCAGCUGAGACUUAUUUAAUAGGUUUGUUGGUUCUUCCUGAGUUUGAGAAUUUCCUUUUAGCUAUAAGAAAGUCUAGUAAGCAAAACAAUAAAAAAUGAAGAGGAGUGAUGCAGCUCAGAAAUCUGUGUUGAGACCUCUGAUGCUUAUUUUGGAAAGCAGAUUUAAUAUGUACAUUGGAAGACUUGCCAGUUUUCCCACUGUUUUUGUACUUCCCUGGACUUUUACCCAACAUUUUUCAGUGUUUUUGUUGUUUCUUUUUCCCAGUCGCAGAGUGUCAGGUUUUUCUUACAAGCUUUUUUUUUUUACUUCAGGUUAAAUGGCAUGUCUGAUGAGCAAGUGUGUGUUUUUCUUUUGCAAUAUAAACACAGAUUUUCAGUAAACUGUGUGGGAUAGCAGCGUCAAAGAUGAAAUAACAACUGAACCUUUAUAUUAUGGUGGCUGCUCUUUUUUUUCUUUUUUUUUCUUUUUUUUUUUUUUUCCCUGACACAGAUUUCUAAACAUUCAGUGCUUAGAACUUUUUCUCUAAGAUUUUUUCUUCCUAAAAAUGUUGCCACAUCUUCCACUAUUUGUGUCUUGACAGCGCAUCCAAACAAGACCCUUUUUGGUCCUGCUUUUGCUUCAUUCUUUGUUACGUUUACCUUUUAGGCUUCUACAUUUGUUGAUGUGUAUGUUUUUCCUGUAGACAUUAAGAGGAGUACUGUGUGUUUCUGAGAUACCCACAUCUGGCCAAGUCUGAUCCAGGAAAUCAGGAGUGAUCGUCACAUAAAUUAGUCCCACUGACCUUAAAUGAGUGCAUACUGCUCAAGUAAGGGCUCUUUGUGUAAGUACACUUCAGCUGGAUCAGGGUCCAGAUAGCAGAUGUGGACUUGUUACAUUUCCAAAGCAGCCAACAGACCAGUGUUGCACGUAUCACAUUCACUGUAAGUCGUGUGACCUUAACAUGCAGUAACUCUCUUUGCAGUAGGUGGUUAGUGUCUCAGGGUACGAGUCCUGAUGGAGUGAAAGGUAGUUUCUUCUGUCUCUAAGGAGGAAAGGUUCCCCUACAGCAGGAGCAGCUUUCUUAUCUGUAAGUAGGCAUGUAUGUAUUUGUGGGCAGGAAAGUAAUAGCAAGGAAAUUAAGUUGAAAGGAAUUAAAAGAGAAUAAAUGCUCUUGAAAUGCAACUUUGGUCCUGAAUCUGAAACAACAUAUGCAGAAUCCAUUGCUGUGACUAAAUUGAUUUUUGCACAAAAUACCAUUUCAAUUUUGUAGUUUUAUUUCUACAAUUUUGCAGAGUCAGAAUCCUCGUUGCCUGAUUCUGUUAGAUCAUAUCAGUCUGUCCUGCUGUGAUCAGAAUACAGAUGUCAAAGCCCAAAUUAUCUUCCUUUUUCUUUACCAGUACUGGGAUUCUCAACACGGAAGAAGGAUGUUAGCAGUAACGGGAAAGUCUGUAUACCUUCCCUGGUGUUGACAAACCCUGCUUCCCUGUUGUGCUGAGUUCACAUUUAGGCUUAAAAUGCAAACUCUUAAGUGUUGCUGGAGCAGAGCUGUUGGUUGGCCUAGGGGGCAGUAGUGUAACUGGAGAUUACUGGUUGUCUUGCUAGUUUGUGCCCCUCACAAUUUGUUUGUGUCCCUUCAGUGUCCGUCACUGUAAACGCCAGUGUUGCUGAAUUUUACCAGAGUUCCCCUGCAGUGGAUCAUAGAAGACAGCCAGGUCCAUCUUGUAGUGGCUCUCCAAACAGAGCUUUGUCCACAGUAGGAUUCAAGGGUCCGACUGCACUGCUGUUAAAUCUCAGUCAUGGUCCCAUUAAAAUAUAGCUGUCUAUUUCAUGGUAUAUGUGGAACUUUUAAACUUGUGUCAGUGACUCUUGCUUUUAAUCCUUAUAUGAAAACUGAUUAAAGAUUUCAUCUGUGAUACAAAAAAGCACCACAGCUCCUAAUGGAGCCUCUUUUCACUGUUGUCAGGCCAAGAUAGAUAAAGCUUCAUCAGUGGCAUACAGCAGAGAGCAUCUGUUCCCAUCCACAGUUUGUGUGUUUGUCUUCAUUGAGCAAUGCAGGAAAGUUUCUCUCCAAAAAUCUCCCAGGACCCAGUGCUAUAUAAGCAAGUUUCUAGCAAAUCAGACGCCCUUGGCAAAGAACCAUUUUCACUCUGUACGUGUGACGGCUGGGACUGGUGGCAUUCCGCAGUGUUAGGGCUCCUGCUGACUUUGUUGUGUGAGAAGGAGUUUUUUGACUCUGAUAUUGAUUCUCAUCGAUUCUGUAUAUGAAUAUGGUGCACUCGGGUGGGAAAACAAAGCAAAAAAUGCAUUGUGCCAGCCAGCAUUAAGUAUUUUUGCAGUAAACAUUCUUGAUGUUUGUGGACAGAGGGGAAGAGAAGAUUGGAGAAGUUAGCCAUGGAUGGGCAAUAUAAGCAGGCAGUGAUGUCUCCUUGAGCAUUCAGUCCCUCCUCUUGGGUGUUAGUGUGCGUAGUUGCAUUCACCAGAACUCAUUUCCCCUUGUUUUAAAAAACAACUUUCUUUUCUAACUGAGAUAAAGUCAAAGCUUUUCCUGUUGCAGGUGACACACAACCGUAAGUGAACAUUUUCUUCACCAUCUACUGUUGAGCAGUAAGCAGGUUGCACAGCUUGCUAGAAAAGCAAUUUUUGUGACAUGGUAAUAACAUUAUGUGCUUUCUUUCCCCUCCCUCCCCCUGCCAGUUAUGGCUUACCCUUUGUAUACAAGGCAUUGAGUGUGUUGUUUUGUUUUGCUUUGUUUUGUUUUGUUCUGGAGAUGUGUGGAGAAGAAGCAAAAUGAAGUGAAAAUGCAAGCCAAGGUAGAACAGCCUUACUUUAGGGGGUAGCCUUACAACAGAGCUUUAUAGUGAGUGUGCUGUAUUCCAAAAUAUGUAAGCCAAAAACAAAAAGCAUUCACUUAUGCAAAAAAAAACAAAAAACAAAAAAAACAAACAAAAAAAAAAACACAAAAACUUAAAAAGAGGUGUUGGAAGACUUCUUUAAUAUGUACCUUCUAAAGGUAGAGUAAGGUCUCACCGAGUGAUACGUUAUUGUGAUACUUCUUGCUGGGUCAGUAGGGAUGGGUUGGGGUAUAAGCGCUUAACGUUUUCCUCCUUGUAUGUUUUUACAAGCAGUAAGAUAAAUGUGGUAUUUAUGAAUGUGCCUUUGUGAGUAUAGUGACUGUCUGAGGAGACUGCUUGGGCUGAAGGAGAGACAAUGGUCAAUUUAAUCUUUCAAGAGGUCAGAUGUUGAGAAUCCAGCCUACUGGUCCCUUCGGGCAAGCAGCAUCUUUGGGCUGGUCUCUACACUGCACAAUACGUAUUCUUAUGUGGUAGAGAUCGGGGUGGGGGGUGAGAAGGGCUGUCGUGUGAUGCACAGAAGCUGUUGGUAGUUCUAGGCUAGUCUGCCGUUGCAGGUUGAGUUUGUGUAUGUUUUACGUGGCUUCUCUUUAUGUUGGUGUGCAUGAGUGUGAGCGUGUGUGGCUUUAUGUUUUUUGUAAGCACUGGAGAAUUGAAACACAGUGAUGUUUGAGACAAAUCUAUACAUGUAGAGAAGUUGAUGUUUUGUAGCUUCUGUUAACUAGUGGGUGCAGGCACACUUUUACCCUCUCUGUCCGUGUCCUGAUGAAAGAAACAGGAAAAUUUAUUUUUUUCAACCUGUCAACUUCCAGCACACUUAAUGUUGCCAUUUAAAUGAACAGGGUAUUACACAAGAAGAAAAAAGAGUUUUUGAAAUGGUGAGGUAGAAGUGUUUAAAAGGAAAAAAAAAUUGAAGUAAUCUUUUGUUUCUUCGAAGCUGUUUGUAGCUAAACAUGGGAAUCUGCAGUGUCUCCUUCCAUUUGUUAUUUUCUGAUAAUUCACCUCUUCAUCCCAUCCAAAAUGAGGUGUACGAGAUCAAGAGCUGUUGCUGUAGCCCCUCAUAAUUCCCACCAUAAAAAACUCCAGUGGGAUCCCUCAGCUCUAUUCAGGAAGACAAAAGAGAGGAGAGACUCUGCAGUUUUCUUUGCUUCGCUCUCAUUCCUCUCUAAUGGCCUUGAAAUGUAUUAUUAUGCAAAUGUGAAUUUUGAUACUGAACUUAAGAAGAGGUUGUUUGUUCUUUUUUCAAAAAAAAAAAAAAAAAAAAGGUCCCAUAUGUGGUCAGCAUCGCUUCUUUAUUUUGUAAGUGAAUUGUAAACUAUGCAUUCUGCAAAGGGGGCGUAGGGGACAGAGAUAGCUUUGCUAAACUGUUCAGGAGUUUCUGUGUCCAUGGUUUAUCCAUUACAGUUUGGGGGAGUGGGGAAGUGAUGACUUAGAAAUAAGGAGUUCGCAACACUUUUCCAGAAUUUGGCAGCUGGACAGAGAUUUGGAAAACCAAGGUGGAAUGCAAAAAUAAAAUAAAAUUUAAAAAAAUUAAAAAAAAAAAAUCCAUUCUAAACCUUCUGCAGGAUUGUGAAUUGUAGCCAUGCAGUGUUAACCCAGGGCCAGUAGGGUGAAUGGGACACCAGCUCUACCUGGGGAACAAUCCACCACCUCCUGCGUUCUGGCCCCGGUCAAGCUCAGGAAACACAGUGCCAUAGGCACUGGCUCUUUUGGAUUUACUACUUGCUUUCCAUUACAGCAGUCUUGCACUCUCCCAGGAGAAUCGGAACACAGCUGGUCUGUCUGUUUACACCCGCUUUUCCCUACAAUUUUCAUCGCUGCUGCUUCUGGCACAGCUCAAAUAGUGGCAGCACAGCUAUGGACAAGACAGUGGAGGUGGUAUUUCUUCCUAGUGCUGAUCAAAGCAUCUACCAGUGCUUUGUCUUCUGGUGUUACCGUGGGUGAUUUAGCAUUAAUGCUGGCAUUAGAUGAAAUUUUGGGGAAUGUAGGCUGACGUGUAGACUAGGCUCUCUGUUUAAAAGAGGAGAUCUUUAUUAAGUAGUUGGUAUCAUAAUGGGCAAAAAAGGAUUUACUUCCUCACAUCUCCAAAAUGCAGUCCUUGUGAAUUGCACGUGCUCUGUGAAGCUUGCUGAGCUUCUAGGAGCAACCUUCUCAGAAAAAUGUAGAUCUCACUGCCCUCUUCAUCAUCUUGAUAGGGACCCUUUGUUGACUUGACUUUCUCCUUUGUCCGUGGUACCAUGGUACCUGCAUUAUUCUUGGCAUUAUCUUAAUGUAAUAUCAUAUACCGAGAGAUUAUCCUGCCUGUAUUCAGUGUUUUCAUGCAGCAAUUUUGUUUUUGUUGACGUUCACAGUACUGUAAUAAGUAAUAGACUUGAUGAUCACUCUCGCAUCUGUGCCUGCCUUGCAGAUGCGAUCUUAUCAGGGUUCCACUCUGUCAGAUUGCCUUUAAAAACAUUUAUAUGGAAAAAGUGAAAAAAAAUCUGAAGUUUAAACUCACUCACAAAAAUACCUCAUGGUACAUUUCCCCUUCUCAUGUAACCAUUCAAAUCUUACUUUUUCUUUGAAGCUCAAUGGGUUUUUAUUUCCAUCUGUUAUCUCCUUUUUAGAAAAAUGUUUGGACUAUUGGUUUUGGGCACAGGACCAGAAGCCUGAAACUCCUGAAUUUUAACAUCAGCCCUUAUUCUUCCCUCUUUGGCUGUGGGCAAGUCAUUUAACUUCUUUGCCUUUGUUUUUUCAUUUGUAAAACAGAGGUGAUAAUAACAAUUACCUACCUCACAGGGGUUUUGUGAGGAUCAACAUUGUUGUGAUGUGCUUUAAAGAUUAAAAGCUUGAUAGAAGUAUUAAGAGUUUUUACAGCAAGACAGUUCAUUUUUUUUUUACAUUUCUUUUGCUUGUGUGAAGGGAGAGAACCCAUGACACUGUCAUUGAUAAAGCCAUUCGACACUCAGAUCCUAAAUAACAGACGUUAAUGGAGGUUCAGUUACUCAUCCUCGUCCUCUCUUCAUGCCAGUUUCCUGCUGCUGCUCUUGUAGGGUUACGCCAGUUUUGCUGCAGGUCACACGUCUCUAGUUACACUUCUGGAUAAACCUUUGAACUUGAAGUACUUGAGCUUGCUGCUGCUUUCACCGGAUCUCCAGGUUGGAAUCAGUUUGUGUACUUCUCCCUCCCUUUCAGUAGAGCUGUUGUUCGUGUCAUCAUUCAAGUGGGCACUUCUCUUGCCGUUGUGAAGGGGAGGCCGUGGUCUGCGGUCGUAGAGAAGGGCUGUCACAUGGAGAACCAUUCCACCUUAGCUGCUCCGUGAACAAAAUCAGAGUGGUUUCCCAUUCCCUUCCCCACAUCGAUGUGUUAUCGGUGACACUUUGUGCAGUGUCUCUCGGCUCGCAAUAGCCAGAAGCCAUCUCCUGCCAGUAGGACACAGGAUUGGAGGGAGCGUCCCUCGCACUGUGAGGGCAGGCUGGGGCCUGCAGUGGUCAGGGAGCCUCGCUGCCUUCUCCAGUCUCCAACCAUGUGGAUGCACAUCUCUGGGAUGUGCUUUUGGGCCUUUUGAGAGUCUGGCCUUUGAAAUGCCAAGGAGAUGGAGUCUGUGAAACCUCCCGUCUGACACUGCCUGCUUCUUUCUGUGCUGCGCUGCCCCCCAUGGCCUUAGGGAUGUCUCUCCGCUCUCCUAGUGUGCCAUCCUCUCCAUCUCUGCCAGUCCUUGAGGCAAAAUGCAGUGCUUCUGCAGAGAAAGGAGCUGAAAUGAUGCGCCGUGUGCACCCGUGACGUUUCCAUACACAUAUCUUGCAUUUCUGUCGGGUGCACACAGAGCAUCUGCUAUGCGAUGCUAUUCCUUUCUUAGGCAGAAAACAGAACAAACAGCAGCACAACUGCUGAUGGCAACUCUGCCAUGUUUACUUUGAACCCAAGGUUAGCUAUUUUCCCCAAAGAACCAAAAUAAAAAAGAAAAAGAAAGAAAAGCAAAAAACCCUUCUAACAAAGUAACCAAAUGUUAUCUUCCAGAAGGAGGGAGGAGGUGCAACGGUGGGAGUGCUCUGAUCUAUCCUCGUCUCCACCGCUCGGCUGGAGAUGCGAAAUGCUGCUUUCAGUUUCACAAACAUAAGGGAUUAUGUUUACAAAGGUCAAUGCCUUCUACCUGUUCAGGAAACUGGCUGACAGUGGGCAUCAGGUGUCUGGUGAGCUUCUCCUCGCUGCAGACUGGCAGUGGGAGAAGGUGUGUCGAGAGGAGUGGGAAAUAGGUUCAUUUCAUCUGUCUUGUCAGCAAAGCAGUGCCGCCUUCCUCUUUUCAGAGAAAGAGGGGAAAAAAGGCAGAAUGAAGGGAGGAGGUUGCAGAGCAGAAAUCGGUGAUGUCCAAACUGGCUGGAUGAGAAAAGGCAGCUUUUCUACUUUGCACAUAACUAGGUAACAGGAAGGUACAGCUCAGUCCUCUUGCCUGAAACACUGUCCCCCAGCAGCAGACAUCGUAAUAAUAAGAAUAGCGGCUGUGUAUAUUGAUGCUACUUGCAAGUUACCUAUAAGUGUUUUUGGUUGUGUUUGAGUUUUUGUUUUUGUUUUCUUAUACUUGAAACAGCUUCCUUUGCUCAGCUCUCACCGUCGCUCUGCUUCUCCCCUCCUUCCCCACGUGCAGUAACAGAGCAGAGGCAGGGCAGGGGGAUGCAGUGGGGUCGGUUGGCACACGGUCAGUUACCCAGGGCCGGGCCGCUCCGUUCGCACCCCCCAGGCACCACACUUCCUUCCGAAGGGUUCUCCAUGGACACAGAAACUCAGCACUUUAGCAGGUGCUCUUAUAUGGCUGGCUGCCCCCCCCCUUCUCCUCCUUUCCUAUAUUUUUAUUUUACUUUUAGUAUAGUGGUACUUAAAAUCACUGGUUCACUUAAAAAAAAAAAAAAAAAAAAAAAGACAAAAAAAGACAAAAAAAAAAAAAAAAACCAACAACAAUAAAAUGUUUAAACUCUACUAAUGUACAAAUAAGCUGAAAUGUUGCAUUUUAUGUGUAUUUUUGCCAUAGCAGGUACUGUAUUUCUCAUGCUGGAUUUAGAAAAAAAAAAAAAAGGAAAAAAAAGAGAAAAAGAAAAAGCAAACAAAAAGGGUGAUGUUUUAUUGGAGUGUAACAAGUUAAGAGUAAUAAGGAAAUAAGUCGUCGUCAUUUCAUUGAAACUGAGAGAUGGUGUAAUACAUAUAUAAGUUUUCUGAAGGUUUUUUUGGGCUUUUAAAACAGCUUUUUUUUUGUUGUUUCGUUUUAAUUUUAAUUUUUUUUUUUUUUUUUUGAAAGAUAUGAUUGUAUUAUGUGCAACUCAGUUGCUUACAUUAUAACUACAAAAUAUUUUUGGGUUCCUGGAAAAAAAAAGAAAGAAAAAAAAAGAAAAAAAAAAAAAAAAGAAAAAGACUAAUAAAUGUGUUUGGCUGCUAAGCAUUUAA